UAAGUAGCCACAAAUAAAGGGAGGAAACUGAAACGCUCUUUCGUACAGGGAGGUUAGUAUAGCAUCAUCGAUCACGCUUUUCUUAACGUUCGAAGGUUGCAUUUGUGGUACAGAUUUCAGAAAGGCAACAAGAAUGUCUGAUAGAAGUGAAUCAGCAAAUGGUAGUGGUGAAGAUUCUUCUCAGUCCAAUUCUGCUGGUGCCAAUGGUGCGGCAAGGCAGCCAAGUGGCAGCAGAGUCAUGGAACAUUUGAUGGCCAACAAGGUGGAGACAUUUUUAUGGUUGACACGAAUUUUCACAGUCAUUUUUACCAUCAUGUUUAUGCUUCCUGUAUUUGGAGGUAACAUCUAUACCCAUUACCAAAGGGCAUUGAUAGCCAGUGCAGCCACAUCGGCUUUAAGAUUGCAUCAGCGAAUCCCAGCUGUUCAGUUCAACAUGGAAUUUAUGCGGCAUCUGUUUAUGGAAGAUAGUUGCCAUUACCUUCUCUUUGCCAUCCUGUUUAUCAACAGUUACCCCAUUACCAUGGCUAUUGUGCCUGUCUUCCUUUUUGCACUUCUUCAUGCUUGUUCAUUUACCAAAGCAUUGCUCAAUGCAAUGGGGCCCCAGUCUAUGCAGUUUUUACGAAAUACAAUUACAAAACUGGAACAGCAUCAGACAAGUAUCCUCCGUUUUAUUGCCUGCAAUGAGAUAUUUCUCAUGCCUGCUGUGGUUGUCAUGGUCUUCACAGGCAAAGGCAGCUUCCUCCUACCUUUUGUAUACUACCGCUUCCUGUGUCUUCGCUACACUUCUAGAAGAAAUCCCUACUGCAGGACACUUUUUACUGAGUUCCGCAUGACAGUGGAGUACAUGUGCAGCAAACCACAGUGCCCUAACAUUAUAAGAGGAAUAUGUCAACGUUCCAUUGGGUUUAUCUCACGGUUGGCACCUGCUGUACCAGCCCAGUGAAAAAACUGUGUCUCUUACUGACAUUGGUGUCACUUUUCCAGCGGAAUGGGUCUCAUGAUAUCUUGUUAUUGGUGACUGUAAGUGGUAUGUAGAUUGUGUCUUGAUGUAGCAACUGAUACCCUACCACAGACAAGCAGCAUAAGAGCUGCCUUUGAAAAAAGUAGAAGGUAUGGACUAAGAGAAUUGUUUGAAUGAGCAUUUGUAUGCUGUGUGUUUACAUGCACCCAGAAAUGUGUAUAUUUGUGUUUUUUUUACUAAUCUGUGCAGCACUUUCAAAACUUUCCAGCUGUAUUUGGUAAAAGCUGUGACUCAUAUUUUGAGUACUAUUAUCCUUGAAAGUUUUGAUGCUGUCUUCUCACUUUAUUUUUAUUUAAUUUUUUUAAAUCUCAGGUCUUUUGCAUAAUCAGGAAUUAAUAGAGGGGUUAAGGUUUCAGCAACGUGUAAACUGGAAGGAUUUCAGGGUCAGAUGACUAGUAAAGCUGAUGUCAACAAAGUACUGACAAAAUGCUUCAUAAAUAAACCUUAAGCACUGAAGUUUGAGACAACAUAACUUUAAGAGAAAUAAUAGGUACCAUAACUUCUCACAGUUCUGUUCAAAAGUUCAUUAAAAUGUAGAUUUAAGGUAAGAAUAACUAUUUAGGAUGUGACCUUAUGAAACUGAAGUUCAUGCUUAUUUGCAGUAAGCAUAGGACUUGCAAUAGAAGGGAACUUGACAACAAAGUGAUUAAAUCUACCAUGUAUAAAAUCAGAAGUUAAACAUAUUAGUCUAUAGUGAAGACAAAAGCAACAGGUCACUAAUACAUAAUGUUGUGUCCUGAUAAAUUGAUCCCCCCCACCCCCCAAAAAAAAGAAAAA